AUGAUGUCCUACAUUAAGCAGCCUCAUUACGCAGUGAACGGGUUAACGCUGUCCGGCCCGGGCAUGGACCUCCUCCACAGCGCCGUCGGCUACCAGAACACACCCCGGAAGCAGCGGCGUGAGAGGACCACGUUCACGCGCGCGCAGCUCGACGUGCUCGAGGCGCUGUUCGCUAAAACGCGCUAUCCCGACAUCUUCAUGCGCGAGGAGGUGGCGCUAAAAAUCAACCUGCCCGAGUCCAGAGUUCAGGUUUGGUUCAAAAACCGCCGUGCUAAGUGUCGGCAGCAGCAGCAACAGAGCAGCGGACAGCCGAAACCUCGGCCUCCGAAAAAGAAAACAUCCCCUGCCCGAGAGACGACCUCUGACCCUGCUAAUACUAACGCUACUGCUAAUGCAUCCUACAGUCCAGUGGCUCCGCCCCCUCCAGCCCCACCUACAGCCAUCACUCCGAGUUCAACCUGCACAAACGCUAACGCGAGUGUCUCUAUCUGGAGCCCAGCGUCCGUCUCGCCAUUGGCUGAUCCACUCUGCGUGUCGAGUAAAACGGCAUAUGCAAUGACAUACGCUCAGACUCCAGCCUAUGCUCCGGCCUACGCAACCUCCUCGUCCUAUUUCAGCGGCCUAGAUUGCAGCUCGUACCUCUCCCCAAUGCACGCACCACUCUCAGCCACUGGGAGUGGCCCCCUUAGCCCUAUAGGCUCGUCCUCUUCCAUGGCUCUGGGUCAGUCACAGGUCUCACAAGGUUAUGGCCCUGCUUCCCUCGGUUUUAGCACCAUAGAUUGUCUGGACUACAAUAAAGACCAAACAGCUUGGAAGCUCAACUUUGGUGCAGCUGAUUGCCUGGACUACAAGGACCAGAAUUCCUGGAAGUUCCAGGUGUUAUAG